GUGGGGGGGGGGGUGCAGCUGAGGAGCUGGCCGACAAGUGGAGGUCUGGGGCUGCCCGCUGAAGCAGGUAGCCAGCUGACGGGUGCGGCGGCGGCAGCAGCAGCGGCGAGCCGUGUACUGAGGCUGGGAGGUUGCUGCGUCCUCAGCAAGUUCUGGGGCGGGAGGUAGUGGCCUCACACCUGCAGCAUCGUUCCCCCCCCCCCCGGCCUCUCCCAUCCCGUCGUGGGUACAGAGGCUGCACCGCCCCGCAGCCGCCGGCUGGGUGGUGCGCACUGCUGGCAGCGGGCGCUUGGCCUUUUGUUUUCGCGAGAAACGGACCUACCGGUUACAGGACAUCGUCCCCACUUCCGCCCCCUUCGCUUCCCACCCUCUCCGGCGGGCGGCUGGGCUCACGCAGGUCCCCAGGCGCGGGUGAGGGUGAGGAGGCCCGGGCCCCAGGCUGAGAUGGGCCGCGGCUGCUCCGGGCGCCUGGUGCCGGCCGACUGAGGAAAAUGGCGGGAAGGAGAAGCCAGUUGCUGGAAGGUGCUGCCUGCCUUGCAGAGUUGUUCCAGCCUUGCACUGAGUACAACAACUGACUAGGACUAAAGAGCUCUUUGGAUAGAACAGCAGCCCAAAAUGAUUGUGGUGUUAAGAGUAAAUGGAGAUGUGAAGAUACAGAGAAAGAGGACCACCCUGUGAAUUUGGAAAAAGAGCAUUCACAGUAGACCAGAAAUGCAAUGAAAAUCUACAUAUGAACAAAGACUGACAAACAACCAACGUGUGUGUUGCAGGAAUGUAUCCCAUUUGCUGAGUGCGAAUAGAGAAACGAUGGAAGCAAAAGAACCAAAGACCAAAGCUCCAUUUUCAUCAGAAUCUUUUAAAAGUACCACUGUCUUGAGGUGCUACACAAGAAAAAGCCAAGCAACUGGCUUUCGCAACACUUUGAGAGGAAAUGCAAUUGGACUUAACAUGCUGGGACCGAGCAGGAAGCUAAGUGAAAGUAUGUCAACUGUAUCCUCAUCACAUGCACUGAACAAGGAGACUGAUAAAAAUCAAAGCAAUUGCUUGGUUAAUAGUAGCUCUUCAGGGCCAGGAAUAGUUGUUCGUGGAAGGCGCUUUCACCAUGCCAAUGCACAACCAGCCAUAAAAACAGCAGCCCAGAGCAAUCUUGGCUUACUUGAUGAGGGAAAAGAAUACCCAGUUGACGUUCAAAGGGUUCCAGUGGACAGUAUCAUUUUAAUGGAAUCUGAUGGAAGAGAUGUGACCUCAGCUGAAUUAGAAGAGCAGACGUAUUCCUUACCAAAUUUUAAGAGGCGUGUUUUGAUGAAGCAAGCAAAAGAUGACACAAUGCCAACGUUGCCUGAAUCAGUUAACCCUAAAGCUUCUGCUGUACAAGAUAAGACAUUUACUGAGGGGCGGACACUUAGUGAAUUCUUCAGUUUAUGUAACAAUUGUGGGAAAAAGAGUGAAGACCAUACAAAAUGUGAAAAUUGUAGGAAGCCAAUACCCAAGGAUGCAACAAGACGGCCGAAACAAACUCCAGAUUCUGCCAGUGUCGGGACACCUCAGCCACGUCCACCUAUACGUGCCUGUUCUCCAAAUCGGGCUGAAGGCAGUGUGGGUGUCAGCGCCAAGACAUUUUACAACAAACCUCUUGACAUAAUAUUGACUCCAGUGCUGACAACUAAGCUCUAUACCAAUGGUAAAAUAGGGUUGUUGAGCCGGACAGUUGUGCAUGGAACAGGACAAGUGGGCUCCAAGAAACCUAUAAUGAAUGACCCCAUUGUGCUGUCCAGUGACGAAGAGGAGGAAGGUGAUGACAAAGCCAGCACUGGAAGUAGCAGAAUGGAUAGUGUUCAUUCAAUUAGUAGAACUACUGAUGCCACAAAUCUUUCUCCUGUGCUUUCCACCAAACCCUUGGAAGCAGUUUCAGAGGAGGCUCAUGAUGAUAAUGCAACUGAACAGAGUUUGGAAAGCAUUCGCACCGAGGUAGAACCUACAGUCACGUUGCCACGAAAAGCAAGGAUGAAGGACAAGUUUGGAAAUCCCUACCAUGAAACAGUCGGCAAGAAAAGAAAAAUUGAGAUUGCCCCGGCACAAACUGAUGGUCUUAGUGCGCAAGCAGAAAGCAGCUGCGAAAGUAUUAUUCUCAAGUGCCGAAGUAUACGAAUAGGAACAUUUCGCACAACAGUAUUGGAACCUGUAAUUUUCAGUCUAGACUUCAUCAAGGUCAGUAUGGGAGUGCCUCACGAAUCAUCCCAGGACAUUGUUUUAGAAGCUUCGGAUUUCACUAAGUGUGAAUGGUGCAAUGCACGUGUAUUACCAGUACUUUUUCUGCAAUUAACACCAGCUGCCUGCCGCAAAAUACGGUCAUCCCUCAAUAUGAGCAAAGAGAAGAGCUGGUUUGAUUCUGAAGCAUCCACUACUGAUGAACGGUACAUUGUUUUGAUAUUUGAGUCUCUUCUGGAACCUCGUGCAGCUGCUAUUUUCGAAAGAAUAUUAACUGAAGUUGGCAAAAAGAACAAUAUAUCAAACUUUUUUGUUUCUAUACCAUUUCUUGAAGCAAACAACAGGCUUUUUAUGUUCACACAGAAUCUAGAGGAACAUAAGAGCAAUCUGUUACUCAAGGACAGCAGGGCUUCCCCCAAAUACUGUUUGAGGAAUACCAUCCGCUCAACCGAUGAUGGUUUGGAAUCAUCCCAUUCUUCUUUUACGGGUCCUAUUGAAAAGUUGAUAGUUUAUCCUCCUCCUCCAUCGAAGGGUGGCAUCUCUGUGACUAAUGAAGAUCUCUACUGUUUGAAAGAGGGAGAAUUCUUGAAUGAUGUUAUUAUAGAUUUUUAUUUAAAGUAUUUAGUUCUUGAAAAGAUCAAACAGCAGGAUGCAGACAGAAUACACAUCUUCAGCUCCUUUUUUUAUAAACGAUUGAAUCAGCGAGAACGACGCGGCAUUCCUGAAUCUGCCACCUUAUCAUUACCACAGCGUCGACAUGCCAGGGUGAAAACAUGGACACGCCAUGUGGAUCUAUUUCAGAAAGAUUUUGUUUUUGUUCCAAUUAAUGAAACGGCUCAUUGGUUUUUGGCGGUGAUUUGUUUUCCUGGCCUCUGCACUGAACCAAAUCCUAAGUUGCAGAACAAUGAAGAAAUGCAGCAUGACAACAGCUCCGCACCUGCAGAAAGCAACAAUAACUCUGCUUUGCAGGAGGAGAUGGACAGUUUAACUGAGAACUCAGCUGCAAACGGGCAGAGAAAAACUCAUACCAUCAUUGGCAGAAUGCCAGAGCUCUCUGCUGGCAGUAACUGUGAGAGUGUGGAGUUUGAUAAACUCCACACAAGAAGAUGCUUGUCUGCAGCUAAUAAUGUCCUUAGCAACUUUAAUCAGCUGAACGCAGAAUCAGAAGAUCACCAGAGCUCUGUCGAGAGAAAAGAAAAUGGUAUGGAAGGUAAACAGCUAGAUGCCUUGAAGCAAAUCGAAGUCAGUUACGCCGAUGACAGUGAAGAUCCCUUUGACUUUUCGCCAGAUCAGGAAUAUGGCCAGGAGGAUAGCAACGAUGCUGGAAGUAUGAUAGAAGACAAUUCUUCAGAAAGUGUGCCAUGGGGUCAGCAACCUUCUAAACAGCCGUGUAUUCUGAUCAUGGAUUCUUUGCGUGGUCCAAGUCGUACAAAUGUGGUUAAGAUUCUGCGAGAAUACCUUGAAGUAGAAUGGGAAAUGAGGAAAGCAAGCAAAAGGUCUUUCACCAAAGACGUGAUAAGGGGAUCUAAUCCUCGUGUUCCUCAACAAGACAACUUCAGUGACUGUGGUGUAUAUGUCCUACAAUACGUAGAAAGCUUCUUUGAGAAUCCAAUUUCAAGUUUUGAGCUGCCCAUGAACUUGACAGACUGGUUUCCUCAGCAGCAAGUUAAAAAGAAACGUGAAGAGAUCCGCAAUGUAAUCCUGAAACUGUGUGAGGAACAAAGCAGAGGUAAAAAAGGGCAGGAACUCAAAGUAGCAGAGGCACCUUCAUGAAGUAAUGCUUAUCUGAGAUGGACACUGACGGAAGAUGCCUUUAUCGGAUACGGGAUACUGUUGCACUAAUGCAGAGAGAAUUGGAUUUGUUCUAGUGUAGGAUUCCACGGCAGGAUAAAUACCCAGUGUGCUGUUGACCUUUUCAGAACAUUGUUUGAUGCACACAUCUACAUUUUCCAGCCACCCAAAUGAAUGUUUAUGUACUGUUAUAAAUAUAACAAACUGUACAUAUGUUCAUAAACAGAUUUUGAAGCAUUUGUGAUCAGUUUUCACUGUUUGGGUUAGUAAGCAUUUUGGUAUGUAUUUUUGUUAAAAGUAAUUGGAUAGCUACUUGCAAGUAUGAUUAAAAGUUAUUGUAGUAUUAAA